UUUACACUUCACGAAUACGGUACGAGCUGCCAUUCCAGGGUUACAGCAUCGUCCUCGGUACAUCUCAACGCGCAUCAUUGCCGUUUGCAUGUCAAGGGCAUCCAGGUCAUCAACCAUGACGAUGGCGAGCGAUGAAGGAUAAAAGGAGGACGGAACCCAUGUUAGGCCACCACCAACCCAUACCUUUCCUUCAUUCAUAGCCACAACUCUUCUGUCAAGAUGAGGCGAAACAGCAUCUCAGCUCUUGCCUUACUGCCUCUUGUCUCUCAAGUCCAGGCUGCUCUCGAUGGCGAUGCUCUAGCAAAGCAGUAUUUCGGCAAUGAUGCGCCCUGGUACCGCAACCGCAUCCCAUUCUUCGAGACUAGCGACAAGGACAUCACCGACGUCUACUACUACCGCUGGAACAUUUUUCGCGCUCACCAGCGCGAUCUCGGCGCCAAUGGAUUCAUCUCAACUGAGUUCCUCGACGAUGUAGGCUGGCAAACUAAGCCUUGGGCGUCAUUAAACGAUGCCACGGUAUUCCAUCUACUUGAAGGCCGCUGGUGCCGUGACCGACGCUUCAAGGAGGAUUACGCCACUUUCAUGUUCAGCUCGAACAGCAACACUCGCCAAUUCUCUGAGAGUAUGGCAGCCUCUGUCUACAAGGGCUACCUGGUAGACGGUGUCGCCGCAGAUGCUACAGCACGCCUCAAUGCCAUGAUGUCUGUGUACGAAGCUUGGCAGGAUGCAUUUGACACGUCCAAGGGUCUCUACUAUGUGGAACCGCUUCGCGAUGCCACUGAGUACACCAUCUCGAGUAUCGACGCCACCGGCGGACAGGACGGAUUUACUGGAGGCAACUCUUUCCGACCUAGUAUCAAUGCGUAUCAGUAUGACAACGCAAUCUCUAUUGCCAAGCUGGCUCAGCUGAAGGGUGGUUCUGGCGACACUGUAACCACCUACAACCAGAGGGCUGCAGACAUCAAGAGCCGUGUGCAGAACGACCUCUGGAAUUCAACUUUCGAGCAUUUCAUCGAUCGCUACCAGGUCGACAACUCGUUCGUCAAGUACUGGGACUUCAUCCGUGGCCGUGAACUCGUUGGGUUCGUUCCCUGGGCUCACGACCUGCCAGAUGACACCCCUGAGUUCGCCGAAACCUGGAAACACGCUCUCGAUACCAACGAGUUCGCAGGUCCCCACGGUCUGCGUACUGUCGGACCGACGUACGAGUACUACAUGCGCCAAUAUCGCUACGUAGAGGAAAAUGGCCGACAGUCUGAGUGCCAGUGGAACGGUCCCGUUUGGCCUUUCCAGACUACUCAGGUGCUUACUGGCCUUGCCAACUUCCUUGACCAUUAUCCCAACGGAACUGCUACCGGCGUCAUCAGCAAGGGCGACUACACCAAAAUUCUGCAGCAGUAUGCUAAGCUGCACUACAAUCCUGAACGUGGCAAUAUCCUUGAUCUUGAGGAGGACUACUACCCCGACACCGGCUUCCCGAUUGUUGGUCUGAAGCGCUCGCCUCACUACUUCCACUCCGGAUUCGUCGACUCCGUUCUCUCCGGCUUCGUUGGUAUCCGCCCCAGCGCCGAUGAUGUCCUUGAGGUCAACCCUGCUGCUGAAGCAUCCGCCAUCUCGUACUUUCGCGCUGACUCCAUCAUCUACCACGGCCACGAGAUCGCCGUACAGUGGGACGCCGACGGCUCGCGCUACGGCUCAGCUGGCCUCAAGAUCGAAGUCGACGGCAAGGUGGUCGCUUCUGCACCUACACUUUCCCGCCUGAGCGUUCAGCUAAGCCGCACUGCACCUCCCGCCAUCACCCACAAGAUCGCUAAGUCCAUCAAGCUCAGUACCGACACCGUGUUCCCCGCAGGAAGCGCUUCCGUCUCUGGCGUCGACGCAGUGUUCCUCUACGGCGCCAUUGAUGGACGUACCUGGUUCUUUCCCGAGACCGAUGUUGCCAACGGCUGGAGCACACCUGAGGGCAACGGCACCGAGGUCUGGUUCCAGGUCGAUUUUGGCUCGUCUACCGCUGUAAGCAGCGCUGAGAUCGCUUUCUUCGCAAAUGCUGAGCAGGGCUUUGAUGUUCCUACCAGCUACCGAGUUCAGGCUGCUAUUGGUGAUACGUGGGUUGAUGUGUCGGAGUCCAAGUAUGCUGAGUCUGUGGCUAAUGGUAUUACUGAGGCAUCAUGGUCUGAGGCGAAUAGCAGCAAGGUUAGGAUUGUGUUCACUCCGAAGGACGGACAGAAGGUUAGGCUUGUGGAGUUCAAGCUUUUCUAGGAAGUUGUCGAAGCCUGCUAGCAUACUUGUCUGAAAUGUAGCACACUUCGCUUCAUUCUUGAAAUAGACUGUCGAUCGAUCAUGGCCCCAGUAAGUAUCUGACUUGCCCGCGUUCUGUGUGAAUUGGAGAUUUCCUGUGAUUCUUCAAGAUCUUGCGUUAAUCUAGAACGACAUAUUGGUG